GCGGAACUGAAGGUAAAGCGAGCCCCUUCAUUAGCUUGACAAAUAAGCAGUUCAUACACAAAUGGUAAUGAGCCUUCGAGUUUCGGAGCUCCAGGUGUUGUUGGGGUAUGCAGGACGGAAUAAGCACGGCCGCAAACACGAACUUUUGACCAAAGCUCUCCACCUACUGAAGGCUGGGUGCAGUCCGGCAGUGCAGAUGAAGAUCAAAGAGCUCUACAGACGGCGCUUCCCAACCAAAAUGGUUUCGCCGGUGGACCUGGCUCUGCCUGGCGUUCAUUCGGCCUCCAGCCUGCCUGCUGGCCUCGCCCAGCUGGGGUUUGACAGCCACGGUUCCCCCUCGCCUCUGCUGCCGGUCUCUUUACUCGGGCCAAAGCAUGAGCUGAAUCUGUCCCACCUCCCCUCCGCCCUGCACCCUGUUCACCCCGAUGUCAAGCUCCAGAGACUGCCAUUCUACGACGUUCUGGAUGAGCUCAUUAAGCCAACCAGCUUGGCCUCAGACAACAGUCAGCGGUUCCAGGAAGCAUGUUAUGCCUUUGCAUUAACACCGCACCAAGUUACACAGAUCAGCAGCUCCAUGGACAUAUCUGGGACCAAAUGUGACUUUGCUGUUCAAGUACAGUUAAGAUUUUGUUUAUCAGAGACCAGCUGUCCCCAGGAGGAUCAUUUCCCCCCUAAUCUGUGUGUGAAGGUGAACGGCAAACCCUGUAAUCUCCCGGGAUAUCUUCCUCCAACCAAAAAUGGAGUUGAACCAAAAAGGCCCAGUCGCUCCAUCAACAUCACCUCUCUGGUCCGACUGUCCACCACAGUACCCAACACAAUUGUGGUGUCAUGGACUUCAGAAAUUGGGAGGAGUUUUUCCAUGGCUGUGUAUCUGGUAAGACAGCAGUCCUCUGUAGUGUUGUUGCAAAGACUACGGGCCAAAGGAAUAAGAAACCCGGACCACUCAAGAGCUCUGAUUAAAGAGAAGUUAACAGCUGAUCCAGAGAGUGAGAUCGCCACCACCAGUCUACGAGUCUCUCUCCUGUGUCCUCUGGGGAAGAUGAGGCUGACCAUCCCGUGCAGAGCGCUCACGUGUUCUCACCUUCAGUGCUUCGAUGCUACACUUUACAUCCAAAUGAACGAGAAGAAGCCGACCUGGGUGUGUCCAGUCUGCGACAAGAAGGCACCGUACGAACACCUCAUUAUCGACGGGUUGUUCAUGGAAAUCCUGAAUAGCUGUUCUGACUGCGAUGAAAUCCAGUUCAAAGAAGAUGGAAACUGGCAUCCCAUGAGGUCGAAGAGAGAGGUGCAGGAGGUGUCCGCUUCGUACAACGGCGUAGACAGCGACUCGUCUCAGACCAACCCGCAGGAGCACAGGCGGGGAUCAAACGACAACAACAAGAAAGUGGAUGUGAUCGACCUGACACUCGACAGCUCUUCAGAGGAGGAGCUGGACGACGAGCCGCCUCUCAAAAGACCCUGUCCCUCGCUGUCCCCCGUCUCUCCGCCUCCGAGCAAGGGAGUACUGAACCUACACACCCAGGACUCUCCAGUGAGCAGAGAUCCCAGCAUGCCCCCUGUGGAGAGCAGCUACAUUCCUCCCCCCCCUCCCCUCAUCCAGGACUAUCGCCACUAUUAUCACACAACUAGUGACCUGCCAGAUUUAAAUUUCUUCUCCUUCCUCCAAGGCGACAAUCAGCAUUACAACAUGGUGAUGGCCGCCGCAGCAGCAGCCUCAGCGUCCGCCUCAGAGGACCACGACCUGCUCCUGAACCGCUUCCUGCCCUAUCCCUCUCAGAUGCUGCGGGAGCAGUCGGGCACCCCGGGGAGCAGCACGCUGGCCGCCACCAACGGGGGCAGCAACAGUGGCAGCACCAGCAGCUUGGUGUCCUCCAGCAGCCUGCGGGACCACGAUAAAGACAGAGAGCGGGACAGGGACAGGGACAACCUCUCAGGACUGUCCAGGUCCUCGGUGGAAGCUGCAGCGGCGGCGGCGGCCAUUUAUGGCUCCAUAUCUGACGUUAUCUCUCUUGACUAGAUCCACACAGAACUAACAGACAAGGGAGACCGGGAGGUCUUUGUAAAUAAGGAAGAAGAUGAAAGAAUACAGUGCUAUGUACAGAGAGGAAAAUCUAUUUUCAAUUUUACUUAUCAUAUGUAUAUAAACUUAGGACGCUUCUUGUCCGGUGAGUUACUUCAGUUGAUAUUUUUCUGUGAAUACUGAAGACUUUUUCACACCCCUUCAUGUGGUCCUUUGAUUAUAUUGUACCUUUUGUACCUGGUUUUUACAGUUUUGUUUCGAUAUUCCAUGUUGAUGGCAUUAUUUCAGUAUAAUGUUAUGUGCACAGAACCCAAUGAGGUCGUACCUUAUGUAACAUGAUAUUUAGAAUAUAAAGAAAAUGGGCAUUGUUAUAGAUGUAAAAAAAGGCAAGUCAGAGCAAAACAGGAAAAUGUAAAACUUUUCUUUAUUUUCUAAAUGGCAUCAUAUCUGUCAAAAAUGUUUUGACAGCAGAAAGAUCUGGCCAUUUUAGCCAUCACUGUAGAUUUUUCUGUGAGACACUCAUGCUGUGGUCAUAUUAUUUUUAAGAAAUUAUUUAUGAUGUAAGUUAUGUUGGAUGUAUGCGGUUUUUUAAAGAAGCAUUCCUCAUGCCUCUAGGAACUGUUGCCACUAGAAUUGCAAACGCUAGAUCCUUCUGUUGUCAUAACUGCACUCUUCGCCUGUUUCAGUCAAAUAUGAACAAUAGUGUAUAGUUUAGACUGUACCUAAAAUACAUAUAAAUAAGAAGUAAGUCAGUAUUGUAAGACCAGGCUUUUACACGGUGUGAAUGAAUGGCACUAGUCCAGCAAGCAGCCUUUUUGUUGUGUACUUUUCUUUUAAAGUACGUCUAUUUUAUUUUGAAAAUAUACGCAGGAAACUACAGAAACGUGACAGGUUGACCUCUUUCAAGACGGAGCUAGCUUCCGAUCCACUUCAUUCUUUAUUUAACAUUUCAUGAUGUCUUUAUGUUUGAUUUUAGCACUUGCUUCUUUACAUAAAGGCUGUAUGGAGCAGUGAGGCAUUCACACUUAGUCGUUUGCCGCUUUGCAUGUCUCUGCGAAUGACCUGAACGCUCUAAAGCUCGUCCUGACUCCUGAGCGAGCUGUUCUGCGGCGAGGCCUCAGGAUGCAGAGCCUUUCUUUCUUAAGUGUAUUUGCAGACGCCUUUUAGAGAGCUGUGAUAGCUUAGUCUUCGAGUGUUUCACAACAUGCAUUUUGGCCCAGAAGUUAAAACCAUUGAAGUUAUUACGGACGCAUCCCCUCCCUUUAUUUUUCUUGACUUAUGCUUACAAUUAGGAUUAUUUAUUAUCAUAUAUAUUUUAAGCAUUCAUUUGAUUCGUGAAUAUACAUUGCUGUCAUUGUAUGUGAUAUUUCUUUUGUAAUUAUAUAAUUAAUGCUAUUUAAAAAUGUCAUAGUUGCUUGACAUGCAUUGUAACAUUUUCUUUUGUUUUACUAUCAGAUGUCGAUAACUCAAUAGAGGCUUUGAUCAUUUUGAACCGCUACAAGGUCUACUGUGCUGUUUGAUAUUUGUAAGAAUUAAACAGAAGAAAGUGCACAUUUG